GCGUGAACGACUGUCUUCACGCUCUAGAGUCUGCCUGGGGAGACAAAAACGGCAAUGAGCUCGUACUGCACAAUCGAGAACCGUUGCAAGCUUCGAGAUGAUAUCUGCUGUUGAUGAGUCCCCGUCGACGGCCUUGAAUCGGCUCCUCGCUAUUGUCCUCGCGGCCCUCUCGACGCAUACGGUUCAAGCUCAUCAAAAGUACGAAGCUGGUGAUCCGACAUCGGAACGGGCAAUAGACGACGACGUUGGAACCUCCGCAGUGAUCUCCUCGCACCUCGUAUUCUUCCAGACGCAGGACGACACGCCCGCACACUACUUCAACUGCUCGCUUCCGACGGUCGACUGCGGACAGUACGCGCAAUGCAACCAUUCUACUGCGCGUUGUGAAUGCCCUCCUGGCUGGACCGGCGACGAAUGCUUGACACCUCAAUGCGACUCGCUCGCGGACGAACCCCAUCGUCAACCUCGAGCUCCCGGUGAAACAUGCCAAUGCAAAGCCGGCUGGGGCGGCAUAAACUGCAAUGUGUGCAACGACGACCAGGCUUGCGUCGGAUUCUCGCUCUUGUCGCAGCCCUCUCCGAACGAUUCGGAAAGUGAAGACAUGGUGUGCUACAACGGGGGCGAUUUCGUAUCCAGAAACCGCCACAUGUGUAAUAUCACGAACGAGAUGCUAAUGGGAAUCAUGAACGGACGACAGCCUCACGCCACACUCUCUUGCGACAAGAGUUCAUCGGAAUGCUCCUUCCGAUUCUGGGCCGAGGAAGUCGAAUCUUUCUACUGUGCCCUCGAUGGCUGCUCGUUCUUUAGUUCGUCCGACCCUGAAACUGACAGGACAUUCGCCUACGUCUGCGACCGCAUGAAAUGCAAGUGCAUCCCGGGCCGCUUCUUCUGCGGCGAACUGGGAAGCGUCGACAUUUCCUCGUUCUUGGACGAGGACAUCAAAGGUCCGGGCUCCUUCGCCUGCGCGACUGGCGCCGGAUGCCGAUUCGAGGAGCCCAGCCUGAACGCACUAUCCGACGCGCUGUUCGGCGACCCUUAUCUCAUGCUGCGGUGCGAGAGCGGGGAGUGUAUACGCUCCUCGUCAGCUCCAAUGGACCUCAAGUGA